UUUCCAUGUUCAGAAACCCUACCACGGAGUACAGGGGAGUAAUAGCAGGGAGUGGCCAUUGCACAUGUGCCUUAGAAAAAUAGAAUUAGAGUUGGGAAAGGACCGUGAGGGUCAUCUAGUCCAACCCCAGAAAUAUCUGGAUGGCCCUUUCGGAAAUGUAACGGUGGGCUAGAAGAUGGUCUCGUCCAGCAAUGGGAUGCUUUGUGCUCUUGUGUAUUGUUUCUUUAUACCAGGCAUCCCCAAACUGCGGCCCUCCAGAUAUUUUGGCCUACAACUCCCAUGAACCUUAGCUAACAGGACCUGUAGUCGGGGAAGAUGGGAAUUGUAGUCCAAAACAUCUGGAGGGCUGAAGUUUGGGGAUGCCUGCUUUAUACAGCCUGUGUGGCUCCCCGCAACUCCCCAAAGCUUCUGGGAAGUUAGUAGAAGGAUGAGCCCUGAAAUUGUGCAUUGACUGUUGCUGCUGUGCUGAUUGCCCUUCGAUUGCAGUUUAAUGUGAUUAGGCCCUUGUGAUUGCUAAGCCUUCCUCUAGGUCCCAGUGGGCAGCCUUCCUCAUUAUUACUAAUUGGCAAUCGUACGUGGCGAGGAGAGGCUGUGCCCUCAGGAGAUGGCACAAGGUAUGGGGGUGGUGGCAGAUGGCAGCAAAGAAUAAUCUCUAGCCCUCCCAUAGCGCUAUAUGUCAAUAAGCUUUUACAAAUCAUAGUUAAGUCUUGACCACAGUGUUGAUUCUUUGAAUCCAAUGAAUGAGUCUAAUUGAUGGGCUCCAGCCCACUUUUGCAGCUAGGAGGAGUACUGAUUGCAAAUUUUCUUCUCCUUCACUAGUCAAACUAGUAAGGGUGCAGCUGGGGUGACAUUUCAGUUUUCAGUAGGGGGAGAAUUUAGUCUGGGUAGUCCUAUAGAGGCAUCCAUUAGAGGCACAAUGAACUAGAGGUAUGGCACAGGCUGCAGUAGCAUUGUGGUGGCAGUUUCUGCCCCAGAAGGGUGCAUGUUCAAGAGAAUGUCUGCAGGGAACCUGCACAGAGAUGAAGACAAUUUUGCCCCAUCCUCAAGUGUGUUGGCUGUUCCCUAAAUAUGGCUACACUGUGGUGGGAGAGUUCCCAAAAUGGAAAUCCUAAACUCCCACUCUGGGAUGUAUUUAAGAAAACACGUCAAAGUGCAAGUAGAUAAAUAGGUAAACGACAUUUCCGUGUGCUGCUCUGGUUCGCCAGAAGCAGCUUAGUCAUGCUGGCCACAUGACGCCCAUGGCCAGUAAAGCGAGAUGAGCAGCGCAACCCCAGAGUUGUCCAUGACUGGACCUAAUGGUCAGGGGUCCCUUUACCUUUAUCUUAAGAGCACUUGUUAUAUUUUUAUAUUUCAUAAAUAAAUGUUAUUCACGAAGGUCACACACAAGGUGAGGCAAAGGAAAAGAUGGUUAUCUCUGGCAUUUGAAUAUGACUUCAAGCCAACGUUAGUGAUGGAACAACAUCUUCCACCACAUCAGAUGGCCGCAAACCAGCACAGGGAAUGCAGCAGCUGUCCACCACUCAGUGCCUUGCUGCCAAAGGCGGCUGCCUCACUCUGCCUGGUGGUAGUCUGGCCUUCCACAUAAGAACCCUGCUAGAUCAGACCAAGGGACCAUGUAGUCCAGCAUCCUGUUCUUAGCAGUGGCCAACCAGAUGCAUCUGGGAAGCCUGCAAGCAGGAACUGAAUGCCACGGUAAUGUCUCCACCAGUGAUUCUGCCUUCUUCAACAGCAAAGACAGAACCUAGCCAUCAUGAACUCAGCAUGAAGAACCAGGGAGUUGGAUAGAAAUGUAGGUGUUCCUAAGGAACACUCACACAGAGGUCUUCCUUGUAGCUCCCUAAAUGAUGUCCAUGUUUGCUGCCUCUAAGGUAGGAAAGGAUCAAAUUGCUAUUUUUUCCACAUGCUUCCUUUGAGCAUGCAAAAAAAAUGGGUCAAGAAUGCAGAACGCUGCAUUCUUGACCCAUUUUGAUGCCUUUUCCUAACCCAACUUUUUCUUGUUGCUAUUAUCUCCUUAGGAAUUUUAUCUCAUUUAUAGUUCUACCACAGGGAUGGGAUUCAUUCAUGCUGUGUGUGCCUUUAAGUGUUUGAUGGUCCAGAAAGGACAUAGCAAAGCCAGCAGCCCCUGCUGCUUCAAGAUCUGGUCAGCCUGAAAAAGUCCCCUCUUCCUCCUGCUUAGCAACAGGGACAGCAGGACCAGGCGGCUGGGAAGAGAUGAAGGCUCUUUUGCUGCUGCCCCUUAUGGCCUGCCUUGUGGUGAAGGUCCGUAGCAAGAUCUACAGUCGCUGUGAGCUGGCACAGACACUGAAACGCUGGGGAAUGGAUGGGUAUGAGGGCUACAGCUUAGCUAACUGGAUCUGCUUGGCGUACUUUGCAAGUGGCUUCAACACGGAAACUGUGAUGCAUAACUCAGAUGGCAGCUCCGAAUACGGCAUCUUCCAGAUCAACAGUCGCUCCUGGUGUGCUGACCGACACACUCUAUCAAAGAACCUGUGCAGCUUAUCUUGCCUUGAUCUACUUACUGAAGAAAUUAUUGAUGACAUAAUCUGUCUCAAGCGAGCUACAGCUGAACCAGAAGGCUUGGCAGACUGGUAUGGCUGGAGAGAUCAUUGCCGCGGCAGAGAUCUGAGUUACUGGGUCGCUGCCUGCAAUCUGUGAAUUAAUAGCGCCGUCCAUGGAAUUCAUGUCCUGCAAGUCACCCUGCCUACCUACGUCUUGCCUUCAGAUGUAAUUCCAUAAUGUAAUCUGAUUGAAGCCAUAAUGCUAUUUUGAUAAAUAAACUCCA